GGUAUUGUACAGUAUCAAAGAGAGAGAGAGAAAGAACGAGAGAGAUCUCAUCCGUCCCAGUCGUCUUCUACGAAAUCCCGUUUCUGGAUUGAGGUUGUUACUGGUUUUCAUUCCGUUCAUACUGUGUGUUAUCUUCUUGCACAUUCCUGUUCGUUUUAGCGGGAAUUUUAGUUGAUUUCUGACUCGAUCUCUACCCUUAUCAACCGAGGGCCGGCGGAGGGGAAAAGGAAGACCUGUUUCUGGAAACGGAACUCUCCAGUGUGUUAGUGUGUAUCAGUUUGACCGCAAUGUUCUGAAAAGAGAUUUUUGUGGUCAUACUGAAUCAACUAUGGCAUUAUUGGCAUGUCAAAGUGAAGCUGAAGAUUGUUUUUAUGAUACACGCGAUGAGAUUACUUCAGUUUCUGAAUUGGGUUUGGAUAGCUUUGAUGAUUGUUGUUCCAGUCAUGCUUUUUUUGAUGAUGAUUAUGAACAUCUUGUUCGUGCAAUUUGGUUUAGAAGUCCAGAAAGUUCUUAUCUGCGUAGAUUGAGAUUAUUGAGGUGGAUGGGUUUACCUUCAGAUCAGAAUAAGUUUGAAGAAACAAAUAUUGAGAUUCACAGAACUACUGAUGAGAGUGGAGCUGCUGUAACCUGUGAUUCAUAUCUUGAAGGACCGGUUUCCUCUAUCAGAUUUUCUGUGAGAUCAAUUGAGGAUUCUGAGUUUCAGAUUAACAACAACUUUCUCUGCAGAAUCAAGAAUUUAAAUGAUGGGACAGAGUUUAUCAUAGACGACAGUCCCAAUGAGAUGUCUUCUGGAUUAAAUCAAGUGGGGUUGGAUAAAUUGAUUACAUUAGAAGAGCUCCAUAGAAAUUUUGGUUCAUCACCUUUUGUUCAGCAGUUCUUCCGUAGAGAAGCUGGUGGGGCACACUGUUCAUUUGAUUUGAAGAGAAAACAGAGGAAAAGUUGGCUACACAGGUUAAUUGGCAGGUCUUGUAUGUCGUUUAGUGUCCGUGAAUCCAAAGCAGUGUCUGUCGGAUUAAGUUCUUCAGAAGCCGGUGCUCUUAUGGGAAGAGUUCGAGUUCAUUCCAUGAACAAGAAGUUUAAGGAGUUAUCGGCUCUUUACGGAGGGCAAGAAUUUCCAGCCCAUGAAGGAUCAAUUUUGACGAUGAAAUUUAACCACGACGGACAAUUCUUGGCAACUGCUGGAGAAGAUGGUGUUGUUCGUAUAUGGAAAGUGAUCGUCGAUGAGAGACCGAGCAACUUCUCUGAUCAACUAACAGAUCCCUCUUGUCUUUAUCUUUCCAUAAACCAUCUUUCAAAACUAGUUCCACUAGAUGUAAACAAGGAAAAACUCAAUAAAAUGAGAAGAAUGAAGAAGUCUUUAGAUUCGUCUUGUGUCAUUUUACCACAAAAAAUCUUCCGGUUGAUAGAGGAACCAUUGCAUGAAUUCCACGGGCAUACUGGCGAGGUCUUGUCUCUCUCUUGGUCCAACAAAGGGUAUCUCUUAUCAUCAUCCUCAGACCAAACAGCUCGUCUAUGGAAAAUAGGUGAAAAUCAGUGCCUACGAUUAUUCCAUCACAAUAACUACGUGACUUCAGUAGAAUUCUGUCCAAAUGAUGAUAAUUACUUCAUCAGUGGCUGUAUAGAUGGAAAAGUACGCAUAUGGGAAGUUCAUGGAGGUCAGGUGAUUAAUUGGAUUGACAUGAAAGAUAUUGUAACUGCUGUUUCUUACUACCCAAAUGGAAAGGGCGCAGUUGUGGGAUUGAUGGAUGGGAGUUGUUGUUUCUAUGACAUUGUAGAUAAUCACUUGCAGCUAAAUACUCAAACAUGUUUGAAGGAGAAAAAGAAGUUAUCCUGCAAGAGAAUAAUUGGGUUUCAGUUUUCUCCUGUUGACCAGAGUAAAGUUCUCGUCACUUCCGCCAAUUCACAAAUUCGACUACUUUCUGGCUGCAAUAUCAUCUUCAAAUUUAAGGCCAGAAAAACUCUUGGAAGUCAAAUAAAAGCUUCCUUUACCAUGGACGGAAGACACAUUAUCUCAACAAGUGACGAUUCUCAAAUCUACGUAUGGGACUGCGACCAAGAAACCCCUUCAAAAACAAAGAAAAUCUACUCUAAAGAGACUUUCUCAUCACCAUUCUCAUCAAUUUCCACACCUUGGUCAAUCAUGAAUGUAUCAUCAUCUCCUUCACCCCCGUUUUCCGCAGAAAACUUGUCAAAAUUCGGUUUAGGCGAUCGUCUUCCUUCCUUGUCUACACCCUCACCAGAUUGCUUCUCCUUGAGCCGAACCCUCCUCUUUGAUCCAUUCAAAGGGUCGUCUGCAACUUGGCCUGAAGAGAAUCUCAUAUCCACAAUAAACAAAUCCAAGUAUAAAUUCUUCAAGAAUGCUUGUCUGAAUACAUCUGUUUCUCAUAUGUGGGGAGUCGUAAUUGUUACGUCUGGAUUGGAUGGGCGGAUCAGAACAUAUUGCAAUUACGGGUUACCUCUUCGGCUUUAAAAACCCAGGUUUUUCAUUAUAUAUAUAUAUAUAUAUAUAUAUAUAUAUAUUUUGUGUGUAGUUGAAGUUGAGGAAUGAGGUUACAUAUUCAUUUUAGGCCUUAAUCCACCAUUUUACUAUUUGCA